CAGGGCCGCGGUGCCGGGGCCGCGGCGCCGUGUCCCUCCGCCCGCCAUGGCGGCGGCGGCGGGCCCGGCGCGGCUGGUGCGCUGCGGGCAGAAGGACGAGCUCUACCGGGCCGGGCUGCGCAGCGGGGCCGGCACGGCGCUGCGGGGGCUGGCGGGUGCCCGGCCCUGGCUGGCGUGGAGGAGGGAGGUGGAGCUGCUCUCCGAUGUGGCCUAUUUCGUGCUCACCACGCUGUCAGGUUAUCAGACUCUGGGAGAAGAGUAUGUGAACAUCAUUCAGGUUGACCCAAGUAAGAAAAAGGUGCCUUCUUUCCUUCGUCGGGCCCUCUUCAUUUCCCUGCACACCGUGGUGCCCUACUGCCUGGAAAAGGCACUGCUGCACCUGGAACAUGAGCUGCAGAUGGAGGCUGAGGAAUCCAGGACCCCCCCAGCACUUGGCUUUCCCAGCAGGAGCUCCAUUCGCAGCUGGAUUCGGAAGCAGGUUGGGGAGCUGACGGAGCAGCAGAAGAAAACAGUUUCCCAAGUCGUGUAUGUCCUUAAACAAUCCAUUCCUCUGCUGCACCGGCUCCACCUGGCAGUGUUCUACAUCCAGGGCACGUUCUACCACCUCUCCAAAAGGAUCACAGGGAUUUCCUAUCUGCAUUUUGGAGGACUGCAAGGAGAAGAUCAGAGUAUCCGAUCAAGUUACAAGUUUCUUGGAAUAAUUUCACUCUUCCACCUUCUGCUGACCAUUGGAGUUCAGAUGUACAGCUUCAAACAGAAGCAGAGAGCAAGGCAGGAGUGGAGGCUGCACCGCAACCUCGCUCACCAGAAAAGCAGGAGCAAGGAGGCGGCGGCCGGGCGCCAGUCGCGCUGCACGCUGUGCCUGGAGGAGCGGCGGCACAGCACAGCCACCCCCUGCGGGCACCUCUUCUGCUGGGAGUGCAUCACUGCCUGGUGCAACACCAGGGCUGAAUGUCCACUGUGCAGAGAGAAGUUUCAUCCUCAGAAACUGAUCUACCUACGGCACUACCAAAUGUAACGGGAACCUCUUCUGUCUCCUCAUACUUGUCCUACAGCUUGGGCUGGUCCAAGAAAAGGACCAACUUUAUUAAACUGGAAACUGCCUGUGCAAGGUAGCACUACAUUCCUGUGUGACAGAAUAAAACUAUUUCUGCUUCUACC